AGCCCUUAGCUAUCUCCAUGAACCUGCUGUUCUACACAAUCUUAAAGUUCGUUUUGUGGAGUCAAAACUUAUCUACACUUAUAGUGGAAUCAUUUUGGUUGCAAUGAACCCCUAUAAACAGUUGCCAAUAUAUGGGGAUGCCAUUAUCCAUGCAUAUAGUGGGCAGAACAUGGGGGAUAUGGAUCCACAUAUAUUUGCUGUGGCAGAAGAGGCUUACAAACAAAUGGCAAGAAACAACAGGAAUCAAUCUGUUAUAGUCAGUGGAGAAUCAGGAGCUGGAAAAACUGUGUCUGCUAGAUAUGCUAUGAGAUACUUUGCCACAGUCAGUAAGUCAAACAGCAAUGCGCAUGUGGAGGAUAAAGUACUGGCAUCCAACCCAAUAACAGAGGCUGUAGGCAAUGCGAAAACCACACGCAACGAUAAUAGCAGUCGGUUCGGGAAAUACACUGAAAUCAGUUUUGAUCAGAGACACCAAAUCAUUGGAGCCAACAUGAGGACGUACCUGCUUGAGAAAUCCAGAGUUGUCUUUCAAUCAGAGAAUGAACGAAAUUACCACAUAUUCUACCAGCUGUGUGCUUCUGCUCUGCAACCAGAAUUUAAGCAUCUUAAAUUGGGGCAUGCAGAAGAAUUUAAUUAUACAAGAAUGGGUGGCAACACUGUUAUCGAAGGAGUCGAUGACAGAGCAGAUAUGAUGGAGACCCAGAAGACACUCACUCUACUAGGUCUGAAGGAGGAUUUUCAGAUGGAUGUUUUUAAAAUACUGGCGGCCAUCCUACACUUAGGCAAUGUGCAAAUGACAGCUGUUGGUGAUGAAAAAUCUUCAGUCAGUCUGGAGGAUAAACAUCUCAAUAUAUUCUGUGAACUUCUGGAUUUAGACAAUGACAAAGUGGCACAAUGGUUGUGCCACCGAAAAAUUAUCACUACCUCAGAGACUGUAAUAAAGCCUAUGACAAAACUCCAAGCUCUUAAUGCAAGGGAUGCUUUGGCAAAGAAGAUCUAUUCUCAUCUGUUUGACUUCAUUGUGGAAAGAAUUAACAAAGCUUUGCAUUUUUCUGGAAAGCAGCACACUUUUAUUGGUGUUUUGGACAUUUAUGGAUUUGAAACUUUUGAUGUGAACAGUUUUGAGCAGUUUUGCAUCAAUUAUGCUAAUGAAAAACUGCAACAACAAUUUAACCUGCAUGUCUUUAAACUUGAACAAGAGGAGUAUAUGAAGGAAGACAUCCCAUGGACUCUCAUAGACUUUUAUGACAACCAACCAGUCAUUGACCUUAUUGAAGCUAAAAUGGGCAUUUUAGAGCUGCUAGAUGAAGAGUGCUUGUUACCUCAGGGGACUGAUGAAAAUUGGCUUCAAAAGCUAUAUAAUAAUUAUAUCAACAAGAACCCAUUCUUUCAAAAGCCCAAAAUGUCAAACACAUCUUUUAUCAUCCAGCACUUUGCUGAUGAGGUAGAGUACAAAUCUGAAGGAUUUCUGGAAAAAAACAGAGAUACAGUGUAUGAAGUAUUGAUUGAAAUUUUGAGAAACAGCAAGUUUCAUCUGUGUGCAAACUUUUUUCAAGACCAUCCAGUGCCCAUUUCACCCUUCCGGUCAACUAUAACAGUCAAAUCUGCAAAAACGGUGGUCAAGCCACCUAACAAACAGUUCCGGACGACGGUUGGCAGUAAGUUCCGCAGUUCUUUGUAUUUACUUAUGGAAACGCUUAAUGCAACCACUCCUCACUAUGUACGGUGCAUAAAGCCAAAUGAUGAGAAGUUACCAUUUGAGUUUAACUCAAAAAGGGUGGUGCAGCAACUGCGAGCAUGUGGUGUUUUGGAAACCAUUCGAAUUAGCGCCCAGAGCUAUCCAUCCAGGUGGACUUACAUUGAAUUUUUCAGCCGUUAUAGCAUUCUCAUGACGCAGCAUGAACUCUCUUUAAGUGACAAGAAAAAGAUUUGCAAGACUGUUUUGCAGCGGCUAAUCCAGGAUCCUAACCAGUAUCAGUUUGGGAGAACAAAAAUUUUCUUUAGAGCAGGGCAGGUUGCUUAUUUAGAAAAACUGCGGUCAGAUAAACUGAGACAAGCAUGCAUCGUGAUCCAAAAGAAUGUUCGAAGCUGGCAUCAACGGAAGGAAUUCCUCCGUAUAAAACAAGCAGCUGUUACAAUACAGCAGUACUUCCGUGGACAGCGGGCUGUACGGCAAGCUAUCACUGCUACAGCUCUAAAGCAAGCAUGGGCGGCUAUCAUUAUUCAGAAGUACUGUCGGGGAUAUAUAGUCCGUAAACUUUGCCAGCUCAUCCGCGUGGCUGCUAUAACAAUUCAAGCUUAUGUGCGAGGAUUUCUAGCAAGGAAGAAAUUCCAAAAGAUGCUCAAGGAACACAAGGCUGUAAUUCUUCAGAAAUAUGCCCGUGCUUGGCUUGCAAGACGCAGAUUUCAGAAUAUUCGGCGAUUUGUGUUGAAUAUCCAGCUUUCGUACAGAGUUCAGCGACUGCAGAAGAAACUAGAAGACCAGAACAAAGAAAAUCAUGGCUUACUGGAGAGGCUGACUCACCUGGCUUCAACUCAUGGAAAUGACCUAGAUACAAUCCAGAAACUUGAAUUAGAGCUUGAAAAAUUAGCCACACAAAAGAGAACCUCUGAGGAAAAAGGAAAGAAAUAUAAGGAGGACACUGAACAGAAACUCUCAAAACUUGAGAAACAGAAUGCAGAACUGCAAGAACAGAAAACAUUCUUAGAACAGAAGCUCCAAGAGGAAACCAAGGAAAUGAAAGAUAAAAUGGAUGACCUCACAAAACAACUGUUUACUGAUGUACAACAAGAAGAAAGACAAAGAAUAAUACUUGAGAAAAAGUUCCAAAAUGAGAAGCAAGACUAUGAAAAAGAGAUUGAGUCAUUAAAGGGAGAAAUUAAGACUCUCAAAGAAGAGAAAAUUAAGCUGCAAGAUCAAAUUCAGGAAGAACAUAUCAUUCAGGAUGACUUAAAACUGGAAGUAGGACAACUUAAAAAACAGGCAAAGAUGAUACCUGAAUUGCAAAAGGAAAUUGAACUACUCCAGACACAGAAAAUGGAUGUGGAAAAGCAGGUCCAAUCCCAGAAGCGAGAAAUGAGAGAAAAGGUGUCAGAAGUUGCAAAACAGUUUAUUGAGAGCUAUGAUGUUGAGGCUGUAAGAAGCAGGCUGUCCAUAGAAGAUUUGGAACAUUUAAAUGAAGAUGGAGAACUUUGGUUUGCUUAUGAGGGCCUGAAAAAAGCCACAAGAGUGUUGGAAAGCCAAUUCCAGUCUCAGAAAGAGAACUAUGAAAAGGAGAUUGAAGCUUUGAACUUUAAAGUUGAACAUCUUAGUCAAGAAAUUAUCCAUUUACAAAAGUUGUUUAGAGAGGAAAAUGACAUAAAUGACAGCAUCCGACUUGAAGUUAGUAGACUAACAUCGGAAAACAUGAUGAUCCCAGACUUUAAACAGCAGAUUUCUGAACUUCAAAAGCAAAAGAUGGAUCUUGAACAACGCCUUCAAGAACAAGCUGCAAAGACAAAAGGAAAAAUGGAAGAAAUGCCUAAUCAGGUGCAUCACAGUCUGUCAGAGGAAGGUCAAAGAAGAACACUGGAAGACCAGACUGAAAUACACACAAAAGAAGAGAAGCAGAUUGUCACAAUCCAAGAAAUUCAGGAGGUAAACAAUCACCUAAAGGAGCAACAUGAAAUUGAGAAUGAAGUAAAGAGCAAGAUAAAGCAGGAGGCAUUUCAUCUUACUCUGGAAAACAUGAAUCUUGAAGAAGAGUUAGACAUGAAAGACAGAGUAAUAAAAAAAUUGCAGGAUCAGAUCAAGAAUCUUACCAAGACUAUUGAAAAAGCCAAUGAAACACAUGUGCCAGCUGUGCCUAAGGAGUACAUUGGAAUGAUGGAGUACAGAAAGGAAGAUGAAGCAAGAAUUAUUAAAAAUCUCAUCCUUGAUCUAAAGCCACGUGGAGUGGUAGUAAAUAUGAUUCCGGGCCUCCCAGCUUACAUCCUGUUCAUGUGUGUGAGAUAUGCAGAUUAUCUGAAUGAUGGUGACAUGCUGAAAUCUUUCAUGAGUAUAACCACUAAUGGUAUCAAACAAGUUAUUAAGGAACACACUGAAGAUUUUGAGAUCUUGUCCUUUUGGCUCUCCAAUACAUAUCAUUUUCUUAACUGUUUGAAACAAUACAGCGGGGAAGAGGAAUUCAUGAAGCAAAAUACUCCACGUCAGAAGAUGAACUGUUUGAAGCAUUUUGAUCUUUCAGAAUACAGACAAAUUCUUAGUGACUUGGCCAUUCGUAUCUAUCACCAAUUCAUUCUUGUAAUGGAGAAUAACAUUCAGCCAAUGAUAGUACCAGGUAUGCUUGAACAUGAAAGUCUCCAAGGAAUUUCUGGCAUGAAACCUACAGGAUUCCGUAAACGUUCUUCUAGUAUAGACGACACCGAUACCUACACAAUGACCUCCAUCCUGCAACAGCUCAGCUAUUUUUAUAGCACAAUGUGCCAGAAUGGCUUGGACACCGAGCUUCUAAAGCAGGCAGUGAAGCAGCUUUUCUUUCUGAUUGGAGCUGUCACCCUUAAUAGUCUUUUCCUCCGCAAGGACAUGUGCUCUUGUAGGAAAGGAAUGCAGAUAAGAUGUAAUAUCAGCUACUUAGAAGAAUGGCUUAAAGAAAAGAAUCUGCAGAGCAGUUCUGCCAAGGAAACUUUGGAACCUCUCUCUCAGGCAGCCUGGCUCCUUCAGGUCAAAAAGAUCACAGACGAUGAUGCAAAGGAGAUAUAUGAACACUGCACAUCCCUGUCUGCUGUGCAGAUAGUAAAGAUCCUCAAUUCAUACACUCCUAUAGAUGAUUUUGAGAAAAGAGUGUCCCCAUCGUUUGUUCGCAAAGUCCAGGCUAUGCUCAAUAAUCGAGAGGAUAUUCCACAAUUGAUGCUAGAUACCAAAUAUCUCUUUCAAGUGACAUUUCCUUACACCCCAUCUCCACAUGCCUUGGAAAUUAUACAAAUUCCCAGCAGUUUCAAACUUGGCUUUCUCACAAGAGUGUAAUACAAAAAUAAAAAGGAUUUGCCACCCUGUCCUCAAAGACUAAAUGAACAGCAAACUUUUAUGGCUCAUUUCCCCACAACUGGGAUAUAGUGCAGUGGCUUACUAUGGAAUAUACUUUUAAAAACUACUUUGGAAUCAGGACAUCAGCAGUAGGAAUAAAGCAUAUGCCAGCCUACAAAAACCCUUCCUUUCUUUCUUAGUAUUG